UUUUUCCCAAUGAGCUAUUCUAUUUGACGAUCCAACCAUGGCCUCAUCGCCGCCGUUAGCCGGCGGGCAAGUUCCGCCGUCGCCGCCGCCGCCGCCGAUCCACCAGAGGGACGCCGACGAGGAUGACGAGAACGUGAAGCAGCUCCGAGAGUGCUCUUCUCUAUACCUUUCGUUGCAGGAUUGUCUUGUCAACCACGACAGAAACUGGAAAUCGUGUCAAAAAGAAGUGCAAGCUCUCAAGGCGUGCAAUGAGAAGAGGAGUGGCAGAGGAAGGAAAUGAAGAUUCGAGUGAGGUUGGACAUUGAACCGCUCCGCUUGCUUUUGUGUUCUAAAGGGCUAAGAAAUACUGACUACUGAAUUGUGAACUGUGGGAUUAGCAAGAUUUUGUUUAUCUUGUAUUGAUUGACCUUCAGGAAGCAGAAAGUUGACCUUUUUUUUGGGAAUUCUUCCUGUAUUGGAUGUUUAUUAGAGAAGUUAGUUAAUUUGAUUCCAUUGAUGGAGCAAUAAGCACGGCUUGUGUAUCUGGAAUCGAGGGUCAUGGUCGAAUAUUCUUGAUUUUGUUCAUAUGACAUCUGCCUGAAGAAUUCGGCAAGCUGAGAUCUUCCUCUUUGAUAAACCCUUUGAGGCGGCUCCUGCAGUCUUUGCUUUCCCGCUGAAAUCGGCGAGUAGAAUCAG